CAUUGGCGGUGCUGUGGGCGGGAAGCUUGUGUGUCCUCGCCCUCGCCCACCGCCGUCGGCCGUGGGUCCUCGCGGAGGAGGCCGGCUGGUGUCAUUCGUACCCUUGCUGGACAGGAAGGGGGUGGUGCCUGGCGCGGGGAUAUCUGCACCGAGUCUUUAGGGAGCAGGUGGCGAAUGGGAAGAAGGGUGUUCCAGACGAGGGAACGGAGUGGGCAAAGGCUGAGGCACGGAAUGGAUGGACGUGUCCUUCGGCGCCCAUGCUUGGUUCUUUGUUGGGACCUUUGCUCACCUGGGGGGACGUUAGGAGCACCCCUCUAUGGCCUUCUUGGAAACAGCAUCCCUAGCUUCGUGUUAAACCCAAAAGGAGACCAGGGGUGUUUCAGACGGAACAGGGAUGGAGUGCAAGCGGCUGCCCGCUGGUGGGGACGCUUUUGCUCCUGCAUGGGAAUGUUGAGAUGCCUCACGCUCUGGUACAGACCAACAGGUGUUCUGACAGUUGCUGGAGUGGGGGUAUUGGGGGAGACAAGCUGAAGGACCGAGCAAUCAUCAAGGGAGAGAGAGGGAAGAGCACAGCGAUGGGAGGAAAUUCGCAAGGGAGCACUUCCCAAGCACUUAGCACAUCCACUUUAAUGAGACUUGAAUGUGUCAUCCCAUCCACUUGCCUGGCAGGUCUCAGGGUCUCCUAAGAAAGUCACAAAGAAGAGGCCAUGGAUGUUGAAUCGAGGAGGAACAAGAAGAAGCAGUCUUUCGUGAAGUGGUCAGUUUUACCCGGGAUCCUCUGCCAGCUAGAUAUUAUGACAAGGACACCACCAAGCCCGUCAGCUUUUACUUACCUUCGCUGGAGGAACUCUUGGCGUGGACGCCCGAUGCGGAGGACAGCUUUAAUGUGGCCCUGGAACCCCUCAAGUGUCGGCAGCCCCCUCUGAGCAGCCAGAGGCCCCGGACAUUGCUGUGCCAUGACAUGAUGGGCGGAUACCUGGAUGACAAGUUCAUUCAGGGCUCGGCGGCGCAAAAUCCCUAUUGCUUCUACCACUGGCAGUGUAUUGACAUCUUUGUGUACUUCAGCCAUCACCUGGUGACCAUCCCCCCCGUGGGCUGGACCAACGCCGCCCACAGGCACGGGGUCUGUGUGCUGGGGACUUUCAUCGCCGAGUGGAAAGAAGGUGGGCGGCUCUGUGAAGCCUUUCUGGCCGGGGACGAGCGCUCCUACCAGGCGGUGGCCGAUCAGCUCGUCCUGAUCGCCCAGUUUUUCCGUUUUGAUGGCUGGCUCAUCAACAUCGAGAGCUCUCUGAGUCCGGCCGCGGUGGGGAACGUGCCCCCUUUCCUCCGGUACCUGAGCACGCAGCUCUGUCGGCAGGUCCCGGGGGGCCUGGUGCUCUGGUACGACAGCGUGGUGAGCAGCGGGCAGGUCAAGUGGCAGAACGAGCUCAAUGAACAGAACCGGAUCUUCUUCGACUCCUGCCACGGCUUCUUCACUAACUACAACUGGCGGGAGGAGCAUCUGGACAGAAUGGUAGCACAGGCCGGCGAGCGCCGGGCCGACGUGUACGUGGGAGUGGACGUGUUCGCCCGGGGCAACGUUGUCGGGGGCCAGUUCGACACCCACAAGUCGCUGGAGCUGAUCCGGAAGCACGGAUUCUCGGCCGCUCUCUUUGCCCCUGGCUGGGUGUACGAGUGUUUGGAGAAGAGGGAUUUCUUCCAGAACCAGGACAAGUUCUGGGGCUUGCUGGGACGCUACCUGCCCCCACACAGCAUCUGCUCUCUGCCCUUUGUCACUUCGUUCUGCCUGGGCAUGGGGACUCGAAGAGUGUGCUACGGCCAGGAGGAGGCGGUGGGGCCCUGGUACCACCCGAGCGCCCAGGAAAUCCAGCCCCUGUUUGCAGAGCACAGGCCGGAAGGGGACGGGCAGGGCUGGGUGAAGACGCACUGCUGCCUGGAGGACGCCUGGAACGGGGGCAGCUCCCUGCUCAUCCGCGGGGUGAUCCCGCCCGAGGUCGGGCACGUGGCUGUGAGGCUGUUCUCCCUGCACGUCCCGGUGCCCCCCAAAAUUUUCCUGUCCAUGGUGUAUAAGCUUGAAGGGCCUUCGGAUGUUGGGGUGGCGUUGGAGCUCACCACCGGGGACGCGGGCAGCUGUCACGUCGGUGGCAUCUCGACGUUGAGUGGCCCUGGGCGCCUGGUGCCACCAGGGAGCCUUCUGGCCUCCAGAAGAGGCGCCUCCCCGUGUGGUUUCCUUUGGACUCUCCUCAUUCUCACGUUCUGGGUCUCCUCCCGCAGCAGAAGUGAGCUCCAGGCACAGCCCCCGCCCCCUCCGGGUGCCCCCCACCAAGCUGGCCAGAUGGGUGGGCCACUGCGGCCAGCAGCUCAGCGGGGGCUGGGUCCAGCGCUGCUACGAGGUGAACCUUCGGGGCUGCGUCCUGCAGGACCUCUGGGUCAGCUUCUCGCGGCCUCCCGGCAGCCGGGAGCAGGAGGCCUUUGUCUGCCGCCUGGGAGAGCUCCAGGUGGUGGAUGCCAACAGCCUGCUCAGCCCUCUGCCCCGGGUGCAGGCCGUCAGUGUCUCCCGGGUGCGCUGGCAGCGGGCCGCCCCCGAGGAGGAGGAGGAGGAGGAGGAGGAGGAGGAGGAGGAGGAGGAGCGCCCGGCCCGGCUCCGGCUCAGCUGUGCUCUGCACUGGUCCUACCCCCUGUCUCACGUCCGAUGCUUCCGCAUCCACUGCUGCAGAGCGACCGGCUCUCCUGCGGAGGGGCCCCCGGGGCCGGAGAAGCCCGCGCUCCUGGGCCUGGCAUUUGUCAACCAGUAUCGCGUGGUGGACCUGGCGGUGGCAGCCGCGGGGCCAGGCACGGACGGCCGCGUGGAGUUCCUGGUGGAGCCCGUCUCCAGGGAGGGAUUUCUGGUGCCGAAGGCCGAGUGGGGCCGGGCGGCCCUGCUCUACUCCGGGCCCCACACGUGAGCGAGCAUUAAAGCACAGACCCUCCCGGC